AUGGCUUCGUUUAUGUCUCGUUAUUCUGAAUUCUUUUCUUUGGAACGGCUCUUUCGACUUGCUCUAUCUUCUUCCGAGCAGGUAACAGAGUUAUAUUGAAAAACUGUCUUGGUUCAUUAGCGAAGGUCAAACAAGUCGCUCUCUGUUCGUUUCCGUCACGUCGGAGGAUGGAGAACAAGCCCUGCGGACAAGACUUUUGAAGGAGCGAUAGAAGCUCUUCUCUUCGAUAUAACAUGCUUCAGGUGAAAGUGGAUUAUCGCUCCAUUUCUUUCCGGAUAUUUGUAUUCAUAAACUUCCCAUAAAAGAAAAUUUUUUGGCAUAAACUUUUGGCUUCAGAGAGAACUCGCAUUUACUUACAUACAUAAGAACGUUUAUUAAAAACCAGAUGUUUUUGUAAGUAAAUGAUUCUUAUGUGAUUUACAAAUUACUUAGAGAUGAUUCUUAUUUUCGACGCUCGGGGAAUUUACUAAUAAGUUAUUUUACUUGAACCUAGGCUGAAUUAGGUUCUUUGACUUGUGCUGCUCUGAAAAACUUAUUGUUAGAAUCUCUAAGUUUGCCCAAACGUACAAAAACACAAAAGCUCUUUACGCUAAACGUCACCUUUUCACCGAUGAUACAGUUCUGUGCUGUGAGUCAAGUCUGCCCUUUUAUUUUCUAAAUAAAAGCGCUAGAAUUUGAUAUUAUUGUUUUUGAAAUUACAUGUGACUAUGAAUCUAAUCCGCUUUAUCUCUGGUUUCACGCAUCAGAGGUUCAGAUUAUAUUACAACCGGCAUUAAUCUGGAGACUGUUCGUGCGUUAUGACCCUUAUCUUGUCAAAAAUGUUUUAAUUAGCCGCGGCUCAAUACUUUUUUGCUUAUAAUGCGUAUGAUGUUAUUUUUAGACAUAUGAGUGCAAAUGGCUCAACAAAAGAAUCAGAAGUAACAAAGGAAUACUGUUUUUCUCCAGACCAUUUUGGCAAUCAGCCUCUGAAUGAUUGGAUUUAUGCCAUCUGUGUAGUUACAUUCGACCUUGAACUUGGUCAAGUUAUCGAGGUAAGUAGCUGUCGUCUUGGAUUUAUGAAGUUUCAGUCAACGUAUCCGAGGAAUGUAUUUCUAUCAGAAACAACCAAGUCAAAUAUCUGUUAUUUAUCGUUUCCUGAUUCAAAUGCAACCUCAUCUCAGGAUACUUCAUACCAUUUUCGAGUAAAGAGCGGUGAAAUUGAGUUGACAGAAGGAUUGAAAGCCUUUUCCGACCUUGCCCCCAUCUCCAUAAGGCCAUGUGAGCAGUUUCUUUUUGGAUUUGUUCACUUUCGACAGCAAAAAAAUGCAAACUUGGCCAGAGGUUACUACCAAAAGGUAAUUUAAAUUUAUAUAAUUAUGGAAUCUGAAUUUAGAGCGUCGUCAUUCUCACCCAUCUUCCACUCUUUACACUGUUUAAUCACUUAGUGGAUAGUGUAGCCAUACCUUUCUUCGAAUCGGGAGACGCGAUCUUGGAAGCAGGUUUGUACCUAAAACCUGGAAAAACGAAUAUUUAGCAGCUCACCAUGUUCGCGAAUGGUCUCAGCCGAUUCCGGGACAACUCCUGUUGUUGCCAUGGAUGGGAAAUAUCAUUCAAUGCCGGAUUCCUUCCAAAUCUGACAUCCCUCAAGGGCAUUUCACAUUUGAGGCUAAAGUACGAUCCUUGGCUUGUUGUUUUAUCUAAUUUUAGAAUUGUUUGGAUCCGUCGUGCGUUACAUUGCCUUUGGUUCACGAAACUAACUUCUACGAGAGCACCAAAUGUAUUGUUGCUCAUCUCCAAACUUUUUGGGAGUUGGUUUUGAUAUCAGAAGUAGGUGAAAUGUCACUGAAAACUAUUUUCUAGCCUUUGAUUGUACUUGCAUCAAGUCCGAGUGUAUGCUCAAAGUUAGUUCAAAGUCUGGUCACUUUAAUUUGGCCUUUGGAGUUCGGAGGAGACUAUCGUCCAUUGUUUACUAUCCAUGAUUCUGAUUUCAAUCAGAUUACUUCUGCGGUUCCAAUGUAAGCUUUUCUGCUUCUCUGGAAUUUGUUUCUUUAGUCCAAAUAUGAUUCUCGGCGUUACAAAUCCAUUUUUCUCGAAGGCCCUCACCCAUUGGCCGCAUUUCCUGAGGGUCGGAGAUGGAUCCGCUGAUCAAACAUUGAGCAUGGAACGGCUCUUUAAGAAGCUUUCGGAAGGAAAGAAUCUCGACAGUAGACCGGGCCUUUACAGUGCUUACAAACCCUUCUUAAGUACGGAUAAAUCAUUAUUGAAGAAGCUUUUGAACCUUGGAAAUAGACCUGAUGUGGUCCAAACAGCUAUAUUACGAAGGCAUUUCUUGGAGCUAACUCAAAGUUUUAUGAUUCCAUUGGAAAGGUAAUUAUAAUUCUUCUAAAUAUAUUGACUGUUUGAAUUUAUAAUUUUCGAUAUUAUUCUAGGUAUUUGUCCAGUCUAAUGCCUCUUAAGAAGCAUAUCAACCCUUUUAAACCAAUACCACAGAUGAAAGUAUUCGAAUUGGACGAGUUUUUCCUCAGUUUGAAGAAGAAUGGACCUCUUUUGACUUGCGGAGUAAAGGGAGAUUGGUGUGGGCUCUACAGAAGAUUCAUCCGGUCUCCAAAUUUUGAAUCCUGGCUUCAGAUGAGACUUAAAGAUGUAGAACAACAACUUUCGACCAUUCAUCUGGAUGUUCUCUGUUCGGCGGAUCUUUCGGUUGAAGCUCUUCAAGAUCGGAAACAAGUGGAGAUUGUAGAUUUGGUAUUAAAAUUGAAUGAGAAGUUGGGUGUUUUGGAUGAGAAUAAUGAUACGGAGAAGAGACUGCGACUCCAGACUCAACUCAAUAAUGUAAUGAAUGCUGUGGACGAAGAUCUAAAGCAAGUUCUCCUUUCCAAUGUCAAUAUAAAAGCUUUUCGCAGUAUUUGA